AUGGCUCUCCUCAUCAUGGCUCUCCUCAUCAUGGCUCUCCUCAUCAUGGCUCUCCUCAUCAUGGCUCUCCUCAUCAUGGCUCUCCUCAUCAUGACUCUCCUCAUCAUGGCUCUCCUCAUCAUGGCUCUCCUCAUCAUGGCUCUCCUCAUCAUGGCUCUCCUCAUCAUGGCCAUCCUCAUCAUGGCUCUCCUCACCAUGGCUCUCCUCAACAUGGCUCUCCUCAUCAUGGCUCUCCUCAUCAUGGCUCUCCUCAUCAUGGCUCUCCUCAUCAUGGAUCUCCUCAUCGGCGCCGUCUUCUUUGGCUUCGGCCGCACCUGCGACACGCCGCAGCAGAUUGUGAACGUCACCGGGGCGCUUUGCACGACGGCUCUCUUCCUCGGAUGGAGCAACAUCGCCACGAUCCAGCCGAUCAUUGCCAUGGAAAGGAGUAUCUAUUACCGCGAGCGGGGUGCCGGCAUGUUUGUGGCGAUCCCAUACGCGCUCGCGCAAGGGGUGAUCGAGCUGCCAUACCUUGCGGUUCAAGCAAGAAUCUAUGCAUCAAUAACAUACUUGCUCAUUCGGUUUGAGUGGAUGCCUGGGAAGUUCCUGUGGUACCUGCUGUUCCAGUUCUUCACGCUGCUCUACUUCACAUGUUUCGGCAUGAUGGCGAGCGCCAUCACGCCCACUGAAGGGCUGGGCACGCUCCUCUCUGCCUUCGUCUACUCCAUCUGGAAUCUUCUCUGGGGCUUCCUCCUGCCGCAGCUGGAAAUUCGUGUAUACUGGAAAUGGCUUUACUGGGUCAACCCGGUCGCAUGGUCUCUCUACGGCAUCUCAGUGUCUCAGUUGGGAAAUGUAACAACGCUGGUGGUGAGUCCACCGGGCAUGCUAGCUCAGACGGUAUCGCAGUUCAUCCAGCUCUACUACGGCUUCUCCCACGAGUGCCUCGACUAUGCCACUGCUGCUCUGCUCGCCUUCUCCUGCCUCUUCUUCUGUGUGUUCACCUACGCCCUACGUAACCUCAACUUCCAAUGGCGAUAG